AAACUACCGUCCCGCACACACACCGACACCACGGCACGUCAAAGCGUUUGGGUUCAUCUCCUGAAAUCCCAUUCGUGGAGUAUAGCAGCCAUUCUGUCGUCCUAUACAUAUUCGAUACAUGGCUUUCAUCAUGAUGAAGAAGAAGAGGUUCAAGUUUAAAGUUGAUGUGGAGCUGGAGGAGCUGUCGUCUGUCCCUUACGUGAAUGGAGUUCUGUUCUGCAAGGUUCGACUGACGGACGGAGGCUUCUCAGAUGAGUCUUCGAGAGAGCCAGUUCUGGUGAAUUGUGUUAAAUGGAAGAAAAGAUUCUCCUUCUUAUGUAAGAUGAGUGCUAAUGCAGGGACAGGGGUGUUGGAUCCAUGUGUUUUUCGGGUGUCUGUAAGAAAGGAGCUUAAAGGUGGGAAGACAUUUGCAAAGCUUGGGUUUGCUGAUUUAAACUUGGCUGAGUUUGCCGGUUCAGGAAGCACCACACGGCACUGCCUGUUGGAGGGAUACAACACCAAAAACACACGUCAGGACAACUCUAUACUGAAGGUCAUAAUCAGUAUGCAGUUAAUGUCAGGCGAUCCUUGCUUUAAAACGCCUCCGUCCACUGCAAUGACCAUUGGUUUUCCAGGAGAAAUAGAUAUAUGUCUAGAUGAGGACAGAAGAGCAGAGACACAGAGUGCAACUCAAAUCUGUACAGAAAACCUAAGAAAAAGUUGCUUCAGUCAUGGUUCUGUUCCAGAUGAACUGGGAAAGUGUGGUCACUCAAGAACAGCCAGUUACGCCAGCCAGCAGUCCAAGUUUUCCGGGUACAGCACGGCUAAUUCGCGCUCCUCCAGCCUGACGGAGCUCUCUCAUAGGAGGAAUUUGUCUGUGGGGAGUGCCUCCACUGGGAUUGGCAGCCUACCAGAACCCAGUGAGGACAGAGAGUCCCGCACGCAUGCCUGCACACCUUUACCCCAGCACUUAGCCACACCAUCCCACAGUGGGAUCACAGCCAACAGGCACCCUGUAAAACAGGACUCGGUUGAGUCUCAGCUAAAGCGAGUGGAUGCUACCAGAGUGGAUGCUGAUGAUAUCAUCGAGACAAUCCUACAGGGCCAAGACUUCAGCCACAGCAUACUGGACUCCAGUAAUGAAGAGGAGGGUCUGCGACUAUUUGUUGGGCCAGGAGGCAGCACUGCACUGGGCUCUCAGCACACCAGGGUUGGUGCAGGAGCUUUUGAACAGGUUGUUAUAAAACGCUAGACUGAAUGUCCGUGGGGGAAGGUGAUGUAAUAUCCUGUGUCAAACCAGAGGACAGCAGUUGUCUUCGAUCACAAGUAGCAGUUCUAUAUUGGGCUCCUGACACAUGGGCUCUAGGAAUUUGUGCAAUCACUGCUCCACCUAGUGGUAAAGCCCUGAAGACAGACAGAAGCUUUGCUUAAGCUCAGAGUGACAGGAAAUACUUGGGAUUGGUAUUCUUUUACCAAAAAUGGAUAGAUAUAGUUCUCAGAGACACUUUAAAAAACACUUGGAACCACUGGUGGAACAAAAAAGACGUGUUACAGAUUAUUUAAAAAGUAUACUAAUAUACUACUGAUUUCAAGUGGACAACUUGAAGUCAUAUAUCUGUCUUUUUGUGAGACCAUGCAUAGUGAUCAAAUUAAAAUGUACAGUAAACAGAUGACCGCUAAGAUGGUCUGUACUGUAGGCGACUCUUGGUUCAACACCCAGUCAGAAUGACCCACAAAUUAGUCCGUUUCUAAGAUCCCAUUUUAGUGCUGUCAGCAUUUUGUCAUCAUAAACAAGACUUGAGCACAAGUUGCACGGGGAUGGACGUUGCAAAUAGUGGACUUUUUGUUGAAAUGGCAUAAUCCAUGGCAUUCCUUUUCAGCUAAAGAGAGAUGUAGAAGAUGUAUUUAGGAUUUAUUUAAUGCUGUUGUGUUUUUUGAAAGGGGUUUGUAAAUGUGGGAUAUUUUGUAGAUUUUACUGCAAAAAUGUGUUUAAAAGAAUAUGCCAAUUUUAAAGGGGAAUACAAAAGGGCGGUUUAUCAGAUUUCAUAUUGUAGAUUACAAAACUGUAAUACAUUUAUGAAUGUAUACAAGGCAAAAACGUUAAUUUAAUUUAUGUGUUCAGGCUUUCUGAUAGCGACAACUGUCAAACUAUAGAAAAAUUGAAGUCAAAGAAAUAAAGAUUUAUGAUA